AUGUUAGAUAUUAAUGCAUUCAUAGUUGAAAAGGGAGGAGAACCAGACAAAAUUAAAGAAUCCCAAAAAAAAAGAGGAGCAUCAGUAGAAUUAGUAGAUGAAAUCAUAAAAGACUAUAAAGAUUGGGUUAAAAUUAGAUUUGAUUUAGAUGAACAUAAUAAAAAAAUAAAUAAAACUCAAAAGGAAAUUGGAGCCAAGUAUAAAGCUAAAGAAGAUCCAGCUGAUUUAUUAAAAUUAAAAGAUGAUUUGACUGAAGAAAAAAAACAAUUAAUUGAAAAAGAAGCACAAGCUGAUAAAGAUUUAAGAUUUAAAGUAAAUCAAAUUGGUAAUAUUGUUCAUAAAUCAGUUGUUGAUUCUAUGGAUGAAGCAAAUAAUGAAUUAGUUAAAACUUGGUUACCAGAAGGUUACUCAAAACCUGAACAAAUUGCAGCAGGUACAAAUGAACCAGCUAAAUUAUCUCAUCAUGAAGUUUUACUUAGAUUAGAUGGUUAUGAUCCAGAAAGAGGUGUUAGAAUUGUUGGACAUCGUGGGUAUUUUUUAAGAAAUUAUGGUGUAUUUUUAAAUCAAGCAAUGAUAAAUUAUGGACUUUCAUUUUUAGCUAAAAAAGGAUAUGUACCAUUACAAGCACCAGUUAUGAUGAAUAAAGAAGUUAUGGCUAAAACUGCACAAUUAUCACAAUUCGAUGAAGAAUUAUAUAAAGUCAUAGACGGAGAAGACGAAAAAUAUUUGAUUGCAACUUCAGAACAACCUAUUAGUGCUUAUCAUGCAAAUGAAUGGUUCGAAAAACCUCAAGAACAAUUACCAAUUAAAUAUGCUGGAUAUUCAUCAUGUUUUAGAAGAGAAGCUGGUUCUCAUGGUAAAGAUGCUUGGGGUAUAUUCAGAGUUCAUGCGUUUGAGAAAAUCGAACAAUUUGUAUUAACAGAACCAGAAAAAUCAUGGGAAGAAUUUGAUAAUAUGAUUAAUGCAUCUGAAGAAUUUUAUCAAUCUUUGGGUUUACCAUAUAGAGUAGUAGGAAUAGUUUCAGGUGAAUUAAAUAAUGCAGCAGCUAAAAAAUAUGAUUUAGAAGCAUGGUUCCCAUUUCAACAAGAAUUUAAAGAAUUAGUUUCUUGUUCAAAUUGUACUGAUUAUCAAUCAAGAAAUUUAGAAAUUAGAUGUGGUGUAAAACAACAAAAUCAAACUGAAAAAAAAUAUGUUCAUUGUCUUAAUUCAACUUUAUCUGCUACUCAAAGAGCUAUUUGUUGUAUAUUAGAAAAUUAUCAAAAAGAAGAUGGAUUGGUUGUACCUGAAGUUUUAAGAAAAUAUAUUCCUGGUGAACCUGAUUUCAUUCCAUUUGUUAAAGAAUUACCAAAAAAUUCAACUUCAACUAAAAGAGCAGCAAAAGGUAAAGAUUAA